GGUACGGCGUGACACGUGCGUGGAGGACGUGUCGGUAGAAACAAGUGACCUGCAAACCGGGAAAACGAGCCCUCCGCUCUCUCUCCGUUUUGCCGAACCAUGUCUUGGCUGUUCGGGCUUAAUAAAGCACCUGCCGGUGCGCCUCCAGAUGCGCCGCCGCCCCCGCCGCCGCCGCCCCCGCCGCCCGGGGGCUCGCGGGGUAACGGAGGAGACAAGCCCAAGGACAAGUGGAGCAACUUCGACCCCACGGGGCUGGAGCGCGCGGCCCAGGCUGCCAAGGAGCUCGACAGAUCCCGCCAUGCAAAAGAAGCGCUUGAUUUGGCACGCGUGCAGGAGCAGACGACUCAGAUGGAGCACCAGAGCAAGAUAAAGGAGUAUGAAGCAGCAAUAGAGCAGCUAAAGGGUGAUCAGAUUCGCAUUCAGGCAGAAGAGAGGAGGAAGACGCUGAGUGAGGAAACCAAACAGCACCAAGCGAAAGCACAGUAUCAGGACAAGCUGGCCAGGCAGCGCUAUGAGGAUCAGCUCCGUCAGCAGCAAGCCCUUAACGAGGAGAACCUGCGGAGGCAGGAGGAGUCCGUGCAGAAGCAGGAGGCCAUGAGGAAGGCCACCAUCGAGCACGAGAUGGAACUGAGACAUAAGAACGAGAUGCUGCGCGUGGAGGCGGAGGCGAAGGCUCGAGGCCGGGUGGAGAGGGAGAACGCCGACAUCAUCAGGGAACAGAUCCGCCUUAAAGCAGCGGAGCACCGGCAGACUGUUCUAGAAAGUAUACGAACUGCUGGCGCUGUGUUUGGUGAAGGUUUCAGGGCUUUUAUUUCAGACUGGGACAAAGUGACUGCGACGGUGGCAGGGUUAACUCUGCUUGCAGUAGGGGUGUACACUGCACGGAACGCCACAGGAGUUGCAGGGCGCUACAUCGAGGCUCGGCUGGGCAAGCCGUCACUGGUGAGGGAGACAUCACGCUUCACGGUGACUGAAGCCAUCAAGCACCCCAUCAAGAUGACUAAGCGGUUGAUGAGCAAACCCCAGGAUGCGCUGGAGGGAGUGGUGCUCAGUCCAUCGCUGGAGGAGCGUGUCCGUGACAUUGCCAUAGCAACACGCAACACCCGUCAGAACCGGGGCCUCUACCGAAACAUCCUGAUGUAUGGCCCUCCAGGAACUGGGAAAACACUUUUUGCCAAGAAAUUAGCAAUGCAUUCUGGGAUGGACUAUGCCAUUAUGACGGGAGGAGACGUGGCCCCGAUGGGCCGAGAGGGCGUAACUGCGAUGCACAAGGUGUUCGACUGGGCUGGCACCAGCCGCCGUGGCCUCCUCCUCUUUGUGGAUGAAGCUGAUGCAUUCCUACGCAAGAGAGCCACUGAGAAGAUCAGUGAGGAUCUCAGAGCUACGCUCAACGCAUUCCUGUACCGCACUGGAGAGCAGAGUAACAAGUUUAUGUUGGUUUUGGCCAGCAAUCAACCAGAGCAGUUUGACUGGGCUAUUAAUGACCGCAUUGAUGAAAUAGUGAACUUUGCCCUUCCUGGUCCCGAGGAGAGACAGAGACUGGUCAGACUUUAUUUCGACAGAUAUGUACUGCAGCCGGCCACUGGGGGGAGACAGCGUUUGAAGCUGGCACAGUUUGACUACGGGAAGAAGUGCUCUGAGAUUGCCAAGCGUGCAGAGGGCAUGUCGGGCAGAGAGAUCUCCAAACUGGGUGUGGCCUGGCAGGCCGCUGCGUACUCCUCUGAGGAUGGUGUGUUGACAGAGGCGAUGAUUGACGCCCGCGUGGACGACGCCAUCCGACAGCACCAGCAGAAGAUGGACUGGUUGCACGGUGACGGUGGCCUAGAUGAGGCCAGUGUCGCUCCUCCAGGCCAGCAGGGGGUCCUGGCAAGCAAAGGUGCCAAGCUGGGCUUCAGUGUCCCGCAGAAUGACUCCCCUCAGGCACACGAGGUGCUUUCUCCCUUAGAAGAUGCCCCAGCUUCUUUAGACUCUACCAUUACACUAAUGGAGGAGGGCAGUACAGCUGAAAAGGGGACUGUUCCAUUUGUAGAGCAGGGAAUGGCAGGACCUCAGGGGGCAGUUAAACAGACUGAGCCGAAGGAAGUUUAACUAGGAAUCCAGUUCAAGGACCAUAUUAAAAUAACUGCAUAACAGGACAACUGGUUCAGGGUCAGAGCUGCUAUGCAUACAUAUGUAUAUGAAGAUGAAUGUGUUCAGGAGCAGACUGAUCCUAGAUCAGGAGCUGUCUGCUCCUAGAUGAAAAUUUUUAAUCUGAAAUUAUUUUCCCUGAUUGUUGUACCUCUCAUAAGAUGAGACAGUUGUCUGAGUAGUUCUGGAUAGCUCCAUACCGGCCCUGUGACCUACUAAUGUUAAAGCAGCCACAUGGGAGUGUGUAUAAUGAUGACAGGAUCAAUAGUGAGAUCUGUAUGGAUCUCAGUGGAAUUGCCAUUUUCUCCUCUAAACAAACUGUCUUUUCUGUGGCCGAAUCACAAAUGGCUCCCCUGUAGUACACUCUUGAGCCAAAGGGUGUUUUUUGCCCCAUAUCUAGUACGCAGUUGGUGUGUUUAGUCCUGUACAGUAUAUGUUCAGCCCUAACCAAUCCAAUCUAGAUCACAUCCAGGUGAGCAGGAACUAAACUCUGAAGCAUCGCAGCAGUGCCUGGCCCAAGAAAAAAAUAAAAAUAAAAAGCACGCUAAACUCUUACCUAGACACACCACUGCUAUUAAGCGUUUACCUUCUUACUACUGGUUACGGUACAGAGAUCAACUGUUUUUAAAAUAAAAAGGAGUCCUUUUCCAUA